AUGAGCACGAUGCUGAGUCCCAGCGCGGUGUGGGCCGUGUGGCUGCUGGCGGCCGGCUGUGUCGGCGGCCAGGAGACCGAGCUGGCCGUGUUCGUGACACCGACUGACACGCCGGCGGUGACACGGUGUCAGGACACGCUCUCCUACUUGUGCGGCAACUCGACCGGCGACGGGUGCGUGUCGCCGCGCCGCUUCUGUGACGGCCGCGCCGACUGCGCCGCCGGCUGGGACGAGCUCGGCUGCGAGCCCUCGCUGCCCGGCUACCGGCCGGCCGAGGCGCCGCUCCGCAGCGGCAGCCGCGUCUACUGGAGCUCGCUGACUGUGCCCGCCUGCGCCAAGCUCUGCGACAACACGCCUCGCUGCCAGGGCUUCAGCUGGCACGGCCAGUACCGGCGCUGUCAGCUGCACACAGACCAGGGCACCGAACAGACGCUCGGCGCACAGUGGACCUCCUACCAGCGCACGGCGGCCAAAACCAACGGCACCCGAGGAGCCCGCUACCUGUUUGACCUGCCCGAGCCGACUGCCGCGUCAUCUGCAGCCGACGAGGUGAAUCUGUCUCUCCGAAGCAGCCCGCCAGUGCGCCGUCGUCGCUCUGCCCGGGUGGCCCGCGCGGCGCAGUGUGGCAGUCAGCCGGUGUUCUACAUGCCUCCCCGCAAGCGGCAGGCCACGACACGGAUCGUGGGCGGCAGCGGCGCCCCGUACGGCGCGUUCCCGUGGCAGGCGCACAUCAAGGUGCGCCGCGCCGGCUACUGGGUGCACCACUGCGGCGGCGCCGUGGUCUCUCCGCAGCACGUGCUCACCGCCGCCCACUGCAUGGUCACACACGACCGCGACCAGUACCUGGUCGUGCUGGGCGACCACACCAACGACGCCGUCGAGGAGCACGAGGCGGCGUAUGCCAUCGACAAGCUGGUCAUCCAUCCGGCAUACGACAAGCCGGGCAAGCGGCACGACCUGGCCGUGCUGCGGCUGCGCGCCGGCUCCAACAAGAAGUCCGUGUACAGCGCGCGCGUGUCACCCGUGUGUCUGCCGGCGCCGUUCGAGCGGCCCGCCGACGGCACCGAGUGCGUCGUCUCCGGCUGGGGCCUGACCGACCCGGCCGACGACGCCAGCCUGGCCUCCUCGCUGCUGGCCGCGCGCGUGGCCGUCAUCCCCGAGAAGGUGUGCGCCUCGGCCAAGGUGUACGGCGCCAAGCGGCACUUUUUCCCCGAGGGCACCCUGUGUGCCGGCUACCUGGAGGGCGGCGUCGACUCGUGCGGCGGCGACAGCGGCGGUCCGCUGGCGUGUCGCCUGGGCGGCACCUUCCAGCUGGUGGGCCUCGUGUCAUGGGGCGACUCGUGCGCCGGCCCCAACAAGCCGGGCGUGUACACGCGCGUCGCCCAGUACACAGACUGGAUCCGGCAGAACCUCAACUGAACCGACUGGAUCCGAUGGAACCUCAACUGACGUCCGACACCGACUGGAUCCGGCAGAUCUCAGCUGACACUGACUGAAUCCAUGACAGCACCGUCUGACACCAAUGACCUCUGUAAUAUCUACGACAGACAUUUGCACUGAUCAACCCUCUACGAGCGUUCGAUCAAAACUUCGAGCUUGAUAUUGUUGCCAUUAUG